AUUUUUCUCACCUUAUAGUUUGUACAAACUCAAUAUUGCGACGAAUAAAUCGACAAACAAAUGUUUAUAAAAAUCUAAAUAGUUUUAAAACAAGUUGGACAUUUCCAACAAUCCAAGAAUUGAGUUGUGUGUCAAGUUAGUAAUAAAUAGCCCACUUCCACAAAAAUGCUAGAAGAAAUUUAGCUUGUUCGUGUUAGUGUUUAUCGUUCACUCCUACGUCUUCAAUUGCAAUUUGCUGACAAAAAAGGAAAAUCACCGUGUGAAUAACGAAAGACACAGUACUACAACCAAAAAAAACAUCAAAACAGAAGACAAGUGUUAUCGUCGUUUGUAUAAGAAUGACUUCCACAACAAAUUCAACAGCAUCUUCAUCAGGCGGUGGCAGUGAAUCGAGUAAUGAAAACAUACCCAUGGACUCAUCGACGUCUUCAUCGUCAUCAUCAUCUUCUUCUUCAGCCCCAAAUAAUAUUGAAAUGGAGUACAAUAAAAUCUCGGACGAUCGAAACGGUUGGCAGCAUGUGUACCAGGAAAUUCGAGAAAAAUGUGAACGAGAAGCAAACGAGAAACAUUUUUGCACAAGCGAGUCGGAAAAGGCACAGAAUCGUUGCUUAAACAGAUACCGAGAUGUUAAUCCAUAUGAUCAUUCUAGAAUCGUAUUGCACAGAGGCAGUGUAGAUUAUAUAAACGCUAAUUUAGUAAAGAUGGGACGUGCUGAACGAAAAUACAUCUUAACGCAGGGUCCUUUGGUCGACACAAUCGGCCAUUUCUGGUUAAUGGUUUGGGAACAAAAAACACGAGCCAUUCUUAUGCUAAACAAAUUGAUGGAAAAGAAACAGCCGAAGUGUCACUUGUAUUGGCCGGAGCGAAAGGGGCCUGAGAACGCUUUGAAAUUGAAUGAAGUGAAAUUGACAGUGGAGUUUUUACAUUGGACGGAAUACAAAAAUUUUUGUGUCCGAUGGUUUAAAUUGACUGAUCUGCAAUCGAAUCAAAACCGUAAUAUUAUACAAUUCCACUAUACAACUUGGCCUGAUUUUGGUGUGCCUAGUUCGCCAGUCGCAUUUUUGUAUUUCCUUAAAGAAGUGCGGUCAUCAGGGGCUUUAGACCCCAACGAGGGUCCCGCUGUGGUACAUUGUAGUGCUGGCAUUGGACGUUCUGGAACAUUUUGCCUGGUGGACUGCUGUUUAGUUUUGGUUGACAAGGAGGGUGUAAAUAAUGUUUCGGUUCAGGAAGUUUUAUAUGAACUGCGAAGAUACCGCAUGGGCUUAAUUCAAACCGCCGACCAAUUGUAUUUUUCAUAUCAAGCCAUUAUUGAAGGCAUUAAACUACUUAAGGAUCAGAAAUUUAUGAACUAUAAUGAAGUGGUUUACAACUCUGUCGAAGAUCAUUGCCAACAAAAUGACGAAUGUAGUUUAGACGAAACUCCACCGCCGUUACCCCCACGUACUCAUUCACUUUUACCUAUGGCUGGCAGCGGAGCCGACGGAUCUUUGAGACUGAACUUGGCCGGAAAUAAUUCACAGGGAAAACCCUUGCCCAAAAUUCCGGCUAGUGUUAGUUUUAACGAGUUAUAUGCACCCGACAAUGACAAAAAUAACAAGGACGCUUUGAACAACUUCAUCAACAAAGAGAGGAACCCCGACACAAACAUAACACACCGACCGUUACCACCACUGCCAACACAAAACUCAUUGGACCGUGUACACGAAUCGGAUAGUGAUGAAAAUAAUGACUCUGAUGAAGACAGCGACGAUAUAAAUGAUGAUGAAGACGAUGAUGAAGAUGCUGGAAACGAACUAAAUGAAAAUGCAGCUGAGAGCACGGCUAAGCACAAACAACAGCACAACAGUAUAGCAACAAGCGAAAGUGCAGAUCAAGGUUCAAUGAAAUUAAAUGGCAUAGAGGCUGGAAGUAGCGAACCCACGAGUCCUGAUAACGAACUAAGGCGCCGUAAACGUGCAGAACGUCAAGCGAAUAUCGAAAAGAAAGUUAAUGAUAUAAAGAGAAAGCAACGGGAAAGCGAAGAGAACAAACAGACGGCGAAGAAAAGAAGGUCAUUAAUUACUUAUAUAACAGCAGGUGUUGUUGUGGGUGUUAUCUGUGUUUAUGUCUAUUCAAAAUGGACUUAAUUCAUAUCUAAACUUCUCUCUACCAACCUACUACCAAUAUAUAAAAGCUCCUCCUCGAACCCCC